AUGGAGGGCGCCUCAUCUCCCCCGUGUGUCCAGUUCAGCUUCAGCACUGCGAGUGUGUGGACUGCUGAGAUUGACCUGCUGAGGAGCACUGCAGCAUGGCGGCCGAGCUCUCCACCUCGAUAAACAUCAAAGAGCCGCGCUGGGAUCAGGGGACCUUCGUGGGCAGAGCCAAACAUUUCUUUACCGUCACAGACCCACGCAACGUUCUGCUGUCCAACGAGGAGCUCGAGAAAGCACGCAAGAUCGUUCAGGAUUACAGGCAGGGAGUGGUGUCUCCAGGCUUGACAGAAGAUGAGCUCUGGAGGGCCAAAUACAUUUUUGACUCUGCGUUCCAUCCAGACACAGGUGAGAAGAUGCUGCUGAUCGGCCGCAUGUCUGCUCAGGUGCCCAUGAAUAUGACCAUCACCGGCUGCAUGAUGACCUUCUACAGGACGACCCCUGCAGUGCUGUUCUGGCAGUGGAUCAAUCAGUCCUUCAAUGCAAUAGUCAACUACACCAACCGCAGUGGUGACGCUCCUAUUACAGUAAAUCAGCUCGGCAUGGCGUAUGUCUCGGCUACAACAGGAGCUGUGGCCACAGCUUUGGGACUCAACUCACUAGCAAAGCACAUCUCCCCACUUGUAGGACGCUUUGUGCCGUUUGCUGCUGUAGCUGCUGCUAACUGUAUCAACAUUCCACUGAUGAGGCAAAGAGAGCUGAAGCAUGGCAUCCCGGUAAUGGAUGAGAACGGUAAUCGGUUAGGGGAGUCUUCGAAAGCGGCGCAGCAGGCGAUCUCACAAGUGGUGAUCUCCAGAAUCCUCAUGGCCUCUCCUGGAAUGGCAAUUCCACCAUUUUUAAUGAACUCCCUGGAAAAGAAGGCAUUCCUGAAGAGGUUCCCGUGGAUGAGUGCGCCCAUUCAGGUCGGCCUGGUGGGAUUCUGCUUGGUGUUUGCCACGCCUCUGUGCUGCGCACUGUUCCCACAGAAGAGCUCGAUGGCUGUGAGCCGCCUGGAACCCGAGCUGCAGGAGAAGAUUCACGCGAGUCACCCCGGAGUCGAAAGAGUUUACUUCAACAAAGGAUUAUGAGAAGAAUAAAGAACUGCUCUCCUCCCAACACGGCCAUAAAAACUCCACCCAUCUCAUCGUGUUUUUACAACGUGCCAAAGUUCUGUUCCUCCGUCUCUCCACAAGGACAUCCCAGCUCAGCCGCUUUGUAAGAUGUCGUUUUUAGUGACAGAUUUUAAUCAGGAGAAUAUUUUGGAUGGUGCAGGUCUGUGCUAGUGCUAGGAAAGAAUACUUGUCUGAAAUGGUGCUCUUUCUGAGUGGGUAUUUGUGUUUUAGUAUUAGUUGAUUACGGCGCAGUCUACAGUAUAAGUACGUAAACUUGAAUAUUUAAGUUUUUUAAAAGUGUCCUCUCCACAAUACUGUAGCAGACUGGAUUGGAAAUGAGACAUCAUGAUCAUGCCAGCUUUAAAUCCAGUUUCUAGGCAUCGUUGCCUUUUUAUAGGCCAUUUCUGGGACCAAAACUACCUUCAAUCAUUCAUGUACCCGUGAAACAUAGCAUCGUGUUUCAUUCGAGGACUGCGCUGUAAUUACUCAUUAUGUUUAUUGCCAAACCAAACCAUCUCCAUGUGCCAUCUGUGAUAAGGAACAAAUGUGGUGUUGUAUUUUCUGUUAGUGUUUUUAUCUCGUUGUUGUAAUUAGUGAUCGAUGUUCAUAAAUGAUUAAAAGCUGCUUUUAAUUUUAAAUUGCCAAAAAGGGUACACUAGGUAGAAUUUUCAAUUGAUGUUCACAGUAUUAAAAAAAAAAAAAAAAAAAAAAACAUGGUGUAUUUUUUUCUGGUAGGUGACGAUUUUUUAAAAACGAAAUAAAAAAUAUACCAUGGUCUUUUAGCAACUUUUUAGCUUGUUGAUUUAAUAUCAAAAUUUAAUCCAAGGGAUAGGUCGGGCUUUUCAAGAUUGUCUCCAUUCAAAAUUAAGGUGGAUGUAAGUACAUUUCAUUAGGCCGUGAUCAUUAUAAUGCAGGAAAAUUGUCCUGCUCAGCACACAGACCGUUAAGUGACUGCAAGAACACUCACUCACUCAUCUUUUAUACUGCUUUAUCCUGUAUUCAGGGUCGCGGGGACCUGGAGCCUGUCGCAGGAAGGUUAGGGCACGAUGCGGGGUACACCCUGAACAGGGUGCCAGUCUAUCGCAGGGCACAUACACACACUACAGGCAAAUUUAAGAACGCCAUUUGGUCUAACCUGCAUAUCUUUGUACUGUGGGAGGAAACCCAGACCAAAUUUAGAUUUUAUGUGCAAAAAAAUGAUUCUUUAUGGCUAGUUCUAGAGCAAGAAGAGAGUAAAAUGUAUACUAAAUGUAUACUUAAAGUACACCAUAACUUUUAAAGACACCAGUGAGUUCAGUGUGCCUUCAGAAGCUUCACAUGAGUCUCAGCUGAACUUUGGAAUGCAUUUUUGCACUUUAAGGAGGAUUGUGGAAUUUGGCCCCAACUACUUAAAUUCACGGCUGGUGUCCAGAGCAGGAAUAUUUAUAAUGAUCAGGAUUUAUGGUAAUGUUCUUAUAUGCAUUUCAAUUUUUAUUGAGAAGAGACUUCUGAACUAUCCUUUUAAGUUGAGGAAAGAAUAUAAAAUAAAAAGAUAAAUGGAAAAUGAAUUGAUGAACUGAUUGAACUCAGUUUGAUUUGACAUAUACAAAUUAAAAUGUGAGAUAUUAACUUUUUGACGGGAAAACAUUUAACACCUUAUCGCUGUCGUUUAAAAUCUUUCAUUUUUCAUUUAGUUUCUUAUAUUUAUUAUAGAAUAAGAAAAAAUAAAUAAAUUCAGAUUCACAACGUAGUGAUAACAACUCUAGUGAUUUAUCUCAAGGCUCCUGUUUCUAAUAUUACUACUACAACUACUACUACUUAUAAUAAUAAUAAUAUUAACAAUAAUAAUGGUACUAGUGAUUUAGCAGGUGAAUAGGACACUCCUGCUUGGUGUACCUUUAAGAAAGAAUCACAAGACCUCUUUAUCUGAGAACAGUGCAAUUGAUUUGAAACGCUGCCAAAUCACUUUGUUCCGCAGGAAACUCACGAACCGUAGCUGUACGUACAUGCCUGGACAAAAAAACAAGCUCAAUAAAAUGUGAAAGAAAAUGUUACGUCCCCUGUAAUUGAAUCAGGUACGAUGUAAAGACAUUGCGCAUACAGGGUAUCUCGGUAUCUAUGGAAAAUCUUUUUCUUAUGUAAGUGUCAAAGUCCAUUAAACUCACUGUUCAAUGUGUGUUUGGUGUUUAUGUGAAAGUUACACACUUCUAGUUCAAUGGUAUUUUUUUCAUGUUACAAAGUUCAUAGUCUAAAAUGAACAAAUCAUUAACUGCUUAAGUUAAUACACUAUCAUUAACAGUAAUAAAGGAACAAGUAAUGAUUACAGCACUUGGACUGAGCUGUUAAUGGAAAAGAUGCAUGUGGUAAGACAUUAAAGAGAGUCAUUAUUAUUAAUUACGCUAAUGUUGAUGGGUUUGAUAAAAAAAACAUCUCUUUUAGUGUUUUAUUUCUUACUUUUUUUUACCUUUUAAAUAUAAUACUUUGCAUUUUAACUAGGGACUCACCAGAUACGAUACAUCACGAUACCGAUAUUAUUAUAUAUUUUUUGUUUGUUUUAUUUAUUUAAUUGCAAUUCUAAACAAAAUUGCACAUACAGUGGAACUUUAGCAUACGAAUGCCCUCCCUUGAGAAUUUUUACCGUAAGAGUAGAAAUUUUGCAAGACAUUUGCAUCGGCAUACAUCGCAUUGCAUCGGCAUGUUUGUCUGGGAGCUGUUCGAAACCUGUUUGCUUUUGGCUUGCGUCCAAAAGCUGUGUGAUUUCUCGUUUAAAAAAUAAAUAAAUAAUAUUGCUAAUAUUUUUAGGUGGCUGGAACAGAUUAUCUGCGUUUGCAUUAUUUCUUAUGGGAAAAUUUAUUUCGCAAUACUUCAGAACAAAUUCAAUUCGUAUGCCGAGGUUCCUCUGUAAUUCACUCCUACCACGCAGGAUGUUGCCAACAUGUGCAUUUAGUUUAGAGCGCUACCUGUAGGAUUAUAAAGGGAUGGGCAAAUUUUCCCCCCUUAAAUGCAAACAUACAUACAAAAAGAAAUCAUAAAAAAAAAAUCAAUAUUGGGAGUCAGUGUGACAAUACAUAAUUUGCUACACAAAAUAGUUGUGAUAUGUGGCUUAUUUGAAUUUUUAUCCCUAGUCUUAUCUCUAAUAUUAACUUUUAUUUUAAACUGUAGCUGAACUGUAGGAUGUAUAAUCUACCAAGAGGUAUGCUGACUCUAAAUGUGCAGUUUGCAUUUUUUUAAAACUAUAAUUUUUCAGAGGCAUUAACAAAACAGUGAUUUGUAGUAUUGCCAUGCAGUAUAAUUGUCUGGUUUGGUUGACUCUCUCUCUCU